UUGUUUCGGGAGGAGAGAGAGAGAGAGCGCGAGAGCGAGCGAGCAGGACGGUGCGCGAGCCCUGAGAGAACAUGAGGGGAAAGACGGAGCUGGAGGAGAAGCGCGAGGGAUUAUAACCGGCUGAACGGAAGCGCGAGGGAGAGAGAGAGAAACGGAACGGGAAAUAACAGGAGGCGAGGAUUUGUAGCCCGCGUGCACCGAAAAAAGGAGAAACGUACAUCUCACGGGCACUUUUUUUUUUGCAGUGUUUUGCAUGUUUUUUUUAAGGGCGCUUCACGAACCGAGUCCUGCAGGACGGGGAGCUGCUGCUGCUGCUGCUGCAGCUUCUCUCUACUAGUGUGUGAGAGUGUGUGUGUGUUGGUUGAAAGUGUGGUAGGUAACGUUAGUUGCAGUUAGGGUUGCAACGGUAUGAAAUUAUUACGGUAUGAUAACCGCCUUUAAAAAUAUCAAGUUUACGGCAUUACAAUGUACAGUUUUCACUAUUGUUAAUAUUAUAAAUUGAGCCUUAAAUGAGUGAAAACAGGGUGUUUUUUGUGGUUGAACAAAUGCUUUGCAAUAGUAAGAGCUUCAAAUAUUUAUUAAUUGUAAAAAAUAAUGAAAUAUAAAUGCUGCAUGUGAGGUGAAGCUCUUAAACAAUUAUUGUUUGCAGCUAUUAUCUAUUUUUUUAUUAUCAUAGACUAAUCUGUUAAUCUUGUUAUUUUGUGAGUUGUUUGUUUUUUAAACUAUGCAGAUAGUAACUAAAAAAUUUAUGGAAUUCUCUGUUCAUUUGCAAAUUGUUCCAAUACCCCUCUAAAGCAGCUGUGCAGAAUAUAAUAUCCAUCAAAUUUCAUACUACAAUAUACUUAAAAACACUAUACCGCUGCAACCCCAGCUAGUUACAGCCAGGCUUCAGAUUGGAUUGUUUUUGCUUCUUGGUCACGUUUCUUUCUAAGCGGAGUGAAGUGACCACACAGAGCACUGAAGCUCCUGGUGUGUCCGGGAGACUUCUGGAGAUCCUCAGAAACCUUCAAGUUGCACCCACAAUGCAGCUUGUGCAUCAGCAGCUUGGAUGAAGCUUUCAGUCCAAGUUUCCCAGAGGACAAAUAAAAAACAACCAUUCCUGCACCCACUGUGUGAAACGGGGAACUGCUCAUGAUGUAUGAGGGUGUGGACGUAGUGGGUCUGAGCGCCAGCCCCAGCCCUAGCCCCUUCCUCAUGGUGGAUUACUACAGCCAGGCCAGGGCCGGCCAUCACCCUUUCAGCAGUCAUCACUGGAGCAGCUCCUCUCACUCCAUCGAGACUCAGAGCACAAGUUCGGAGGAGAUUGUCCCAAGUCCCCCCUCUCCACCCCCACCCCCGCGGGUCUACAAGCCAUGCUUCGUCUGCCAGGACAAAUCCUCUGGCUACCACUAUGGCGUCAGCGCCUGCGAAGGCUGCAAGGGCUUCUUCCGCCGGAGCAUCCAGAAGAAUAUGGUGUACACGUGCCACCGAGAGAAAAGCUGCAUCAUCAACAAGGUCACCCGCAACCGCUGCCAGUACUGUCGCCUGCAGAAGUGCCUGGAAGUGGGCAUGUCCAAGGAGUCGGUGAGAAACGACAGGAAUAAAAAGAAGAAGGAGGAGAAGGAGAAGAAGGUGGAGUGUUUAGAGAGCCCGACACUGACUCCUGAUACGGAGCAGAUGAUCGACCGAGUCAGAAAAGCUCACCAGGAUACCUUUCCAUCACUGUGUCAACUGGGAAAAUACACCACGAGUAACAGUUCAGAGCGGAGGGUCUCUCUGGACGUGGAUCUGUGGGAUAAGUUCAGUGAACUCUCCACUAAGUGCAUCAUCAAGACGGUGGAGUUCGCCAAGCAGCUGCCCGGAUUCACCACGUUGUCCAUCGCAGACCAGAUCACACUCCUCAAAGCCGCCUGCCUCGACAUACUGAUUCUACGGAUCUGUACGCGCUACACACCGGAACAGGACACAAUGACGUUUUCAGACGGUCUGACGCUGAACCGGACACAGAUGCACAACGCCGGCUUCGGGCCGCUCACCGACCUCGUAUUCGCCUUCGCCAACCAGCUGCUCCCUCUGGAGAUGGAUGAUGCUGAGACGGGCCUGCUGAGCGCCAUCUGCCUGCUGUGUGGAGACCGGCAGGACCUGGAAGAGGCAGAUAAAGUGGACGUCUUGCAGGAGCCACUGCUGGAGGCUCUGAAGCUGUAUGUGAGGAGGAGAAGACCACACAAACCACACAUGUUCCCCAAAAUGCUGAUGAAGAUCACUGACCUGAGGAGCAUCAGCGCCAAGGGAGCGGAGCGUGUGAUCACUCUGAAGAUGGAAAUUCCUGGCUCCAUGCCGCCUCUGAUCCAGGAGAUGCUGGAGAAUUCCGAGGGUCUGGAGACCUCAGGCAGUGGAGCCUCGUCUCGUCCCGCCGGAGCUCCGCCUGGCAGCUGCAGCCCCUCCCUCUCCCCGAGCUCCGCCCAAAGCAGCCCACCGACACACUCGCCCUGACCAACGCUGUCGCCGCGGCAACAACCGCCUACCGACUACUGUGUCCCCUCAAACACACCCCACACAUGCUGACUGGCCUGAGCCAGACCGGAGUGGAGCUUUUUUUUUUUCCCCAUUUCCUCCC